AAGACUCCUCUUAUGUAACUGCAUAACGUACCUGCUGCUGUCAGAGAGCAGGUGAGACAAUAGUGCACUGUUUCCAAACGCAAGAGGUGGCCAAAAAAAGUCUCUGUGGAAACUAUCUCUUGGCAUGCUGAUGUGUACGGAUCUGCACUUCAUCUCUCACUGAAGCUGACUCAAACCUUCAUGGAUUCUCUGGACCUGCUGAGCCCUUACCUGUUCCGAUACAAAGGGAAGAACUUUGCGGUGCAGGAGGGAGUGAAACCCAAAGACCUUGAUGCUCUCCAGCAUGUGGAAGUCCACCCGAGUGAUAUCUAUCUGAUCACUUACCCAAAGUCAGGCACAAUAUGGAUGCAGCAGAUUCUUGUCAAGAUCAUGGAUGCUGCACACCCUGACCAGGUGGAGGAAGCCACUAAUAGGAUACGUGUUCCCUGGCUGGAGGGCAGCACCGUGGACAACUUCCUUCGAGAAAGGCCAGAUCCCCGGCUCUACCGUACACACCUGUCCCCUAACAUGUUGCCCCAUGGAGUGAAGACCAAGAGAACCAAGGUUGUGUAUGUGAUGAGGAACCCGAAGGAUGUCCUGGUGUCCCUCUAUCACUUUGCUCACAGUUGGGUCAUGUUGGAGACACCAAAGAGCUUUGAGGAUUUCUUUCAGGACUUCCUGGAUGGCAAAGCUUUUAUGGGAUCGUGGUUUGAUCAUGUGAGAGAAUAUUACAAUGAGAAAGACCAGAUGGACAUACUUUUUGUCAAGUAUGAAGACAUGUUGAAGGACGUCAGAGGGGAAGUUGUGAAGCUUUGUGCUUUUCUGGAAAAAGCUUUGACUGAUGAAGCCAUCGAUCAUGUUGUGGAGAUGUCCACCUUCAAACACAUGAAGACAGACCCAAGCGCAAACUAUAAAGAUUUAAUUGAAAAACAACGCUACCAGAAGGAAACCAUGCGCAAAGGUGUGGCAGGCGACUGGAAGAAUUUCUUCACUGUAGCCCAGAAUGAGCUUUUUGACCGAGUGUUCACAGAGAGGAUGAACAACUUGCCUCUGAGCUUCACCUGGGAGAUCAAACAGUAGCUCCAUUACAAUUCAUCCAUUCAGUGUGGAUAGUUAGGGAAAUGCAUUUUGCAGAAAGGGGUUUAAAGAAUAAGUCUGGUGUUAUUCUGUUUUUUGUUUGUUUGCAGUUUUUUUCAAUUCUUUGGUCUGGUUAACCCUAACCCAUUACACUUUGGAGAAUACUGUGCAGCCCUUAACUCUGGUUCUCUAAAUUUGCAAUCAGCCAUCAACAUUUGAGAAUUCCUGGUAUAGUAUGUCUUGAAAAAUGACAGAAAAAAAGGAUUAGUAAAGUAUAUCAUAAAGGUCACACACACAGUGUAUAGUAUGCCAUAGAAAAUGCCAUUAAAAUUCACAGUAUGUUGUAAAGAUUAGCACUCUUAUAAUUCCAACAUUUCAUAGUGCUACCCAAUCACGAUACUAUUGCCAUAAAACAUUAUUUUUUCUCUUUUUUUUCUAAUUGUAUGUACAGUGUAUGUCUACUUUAUGUGGCCUAAGUUGGAUUGGUUUGAUUUAAAACUUUCUCCUUCAUGUUCUGGUGAUAGGGGUGAGUGUGGGAAUGAGUGUAAUAUGAGGGUGGAUGGGAAAAGAGGGUGAAGAAGUUAUUUUGAUUGUACUCAUGAAUGUUUGGACCUUCUUUUGUGAUUGCAACGUUUUAAUAAAUGAACCUUGUUUUAAAAAUG